GCUUGAGCUUUGAUCGAUCGAGUUAUGGUCACACCACAUUUCUGCACUCGUCCAUCUAGAGUUCCCUCUCAGCCGGAGAUGAUCGCCGGCUGCCGGGAAAACUCCUCGGGGCUCAGGGCGGGCGGAUUCACGGAUGAGAAGAUGGACAUGUUGUGGGAGGAUUUCAACGACGAUCUGCGGCAGGGGAACCGCGGAAUCGGCGGUUUGGAGUCCCGACGGCUGCCGGAUGUCGUUCCGCCGCCGGAUACGACGGUGAGAGCGUUCAACGGCGGCGGUGUAAACGGGAGUCAUCUGUUCUCCACAUUCCUGGUGAUGAAGCUGUUCAAGAAAUUGCUAGGUUUUAAGAAAUCUGCAGCUGCAUUCAGAAGGCAUCAUCAUGCCUCUUUCCCCUGAUCUUUGACUGAUUUCUAAUACUCCUUCAAAUCACACUCUCGUUUAUAUUUCAUUUCUGUUUGUCAAUUGGCAGCGAUAAUAAUUACGGUUGCCAAUCGACAAACAGGGCUAAGAUGAGAUAGCGCUAAAGAAUAGAUGUCAUUUGGUUCUUCGACAAUCAAAAGAAAAAGUUGUGAAAUAAAAGAGUAUGAAAGUU